AUGUCCUCCUCAUCUAUUUUCGAAGGCCCACAUGAGCCUGUAGCUAUCAUCGGCAUGGGCUGCCGGUGGGCCGGUGACAUUCGUGACCCUUCAGGGCUAUGGGACCUUCUGAAGAACAAACGCGACGGCUGGCGCGAAUUCAACCACCCUAGAUUCUCUGCCAAGGGCUUCUACCACCCCAACAAAGAGCGCCCAGGAUCCAUGAGAACACCCGGUGCGUUUCUCAUGGACGAAGAUGCUCGCCUAUUUGAUCAUUCCUUCUUCGGCAUCACCGGGCGAGAAGCCGAAACCCUCGACCCGUCUCAACGGAAGCUGCUCGAAGUGGUGUACGAGGCUCUCGAGAACGGAGGGGAGACUUGGGAGAGUAUUUCAGGAUCACGAACCGGGGUGUAUAUCGGCAACUUCGCCCUCGAUCACAUCCUCAUCCAGGCGCGGGAUUGGGAGAGCCCAAAGUCAUACGCUGCCACGGGAGCGGACACGAGUAUUCUCGCCAAUCGUAUCAGUUACAUCUUCAACCUUCAUGGUCCGAGUCUGGCCACAAACACCGCCUGCUCAUCCUCCAUGUAUGCCCUGCACAUGGCCGUCAGUGCGAUCCGCAGCGGUGACUGUGACGGCGCCAUAGUCGCGGCAGCCAACUGGAUAUCCGAUCCCAGCAUGCAGUUUGUGCUCGACAAGCUCGGCGCACUCUCGCCCACGGCGCGAUGUCACACGUUCGACGCCUCUGCAGACGGUUACGCCCGUGGGGAGGGCUACGCCGCUCUAUAUCUCAAGAAAUCCAUCAUAGCCGUGGUAGACUCGUUGCCAAUUCGAGCCAUGAUUCGAGGCACCGCCAUCAACGCCAACGGCCGGACAGGAGGCAUCACCCGACCCAGCAUAGCCGGACAGGAAGACGUCAUUCGCGAGGCCUACAAACACGCCGGCGGCCUCCCCUUCUCAGACACGACAUUCUUCGAGUGCCAUGGCACGGGCACGCAAGCCGGCGACCCAAUCGAAGUGACGGCCGUCGGCAACGUCUUUGCUUCCUCUCGAUCAGACGCCCCGGAAGACCGGCUCCUCAUCGGCUCCAUCAAGCCAAACCUUGGCCACACGGAAGGUGCAAGUGCCAUCGCCUCGGUUAUGAAGGUGGUUCUUUCCCUCGAAGCAGGCCAAAUCCCACCAACCUUUGGGAUCGAGCAACUGAACCCGAGCAUCGACUUUGCGGGAGCCAAAGUCGAAGUUGUCAAAGAUGGCACGAUACCCUGGCCGGAAGGAAAGCUCCGGCGCGCCAGCGUAAAUUCCUUCGGGUUCGGCGGGGCCAACGGGCACUGUAUUAUCGACCACGUCAAUGUGGUUCUCCCCGACUACAUCAAGCCCGGAAUCUCUGGGGCCGGCACCUCAGCCAACGGCCAUACCGCCAACGGGUAUUCCAACGGGAAGGCCCACGAGGGCAACAACGGAGUGGUGACGCCACCUGCUGACCACUCCCCUCUCACGACUAAACCGACAAAGACGACGAAGGCGGACGCCACCACGCGUGACCUCGUGCUUCUCCCGUUCUCGGCCCAUACCGAGCAAUCCCUCAAGUCGAAUACUGCCGCCCUCUCUCGCGUCAUCCACCAGUGGCCCCUUGCAGACAUCGCCUACACCCUGAGCUCCAAACGAUCACGUUUCCAGCAGCGUUCAUUCCGCAUCGUCGCCAAGAGCGAUAUCCAAACCGGGCUCGCCACAGACCGUCGCAUCCUAACAAGCCCCCUGCGGCCAGCAAACAUCGGAUAUGUUUUCACGGGUCAGGGCGCACAGUGGCAUGCCAUGGGCGCCCAGCUAUUCGAGUACGCCGUCUUUCGCGCGGCGAUCACCCACCUGGACCGGGUGAUGGAUGCACUACCAUCCCGGUCCACGUGGAAGAUUUCCGAUGUCCUGUCCGGCAACUGCGAGCCCGAUCUCGUGCUGUCACCCCAAGUGUCCCAAGUGGCCUGUACCGCCGUUCAGAUCGGGCUCGUCGAUUUGCUUGCAUCGUGGUCUAUCGCGCCUGCCGCAGUGGUUGGCCACUCCUCUGGCGAAAUGGCAGCGGCGUAUGCGUCGGGGUAUAUCACAGCUGCCGAAGCUAUUACUGCUGCCUACUUUCGCGGUUUGGCCGUGUCGCAGAAUAAGGCAAAGGGCGCCAUGUUGGCUGUGGGUGUUGGGAUGGAUGCCGCGAUGGAAUACCUGGACGGAAAGGAAGACCGCAUUAAGAUCGCGGCGAUCAACUCGCCCGGCAGCGUCACGCUGUCUGGUGACGAGGAUGCCAUCGAGUCCCUGUCGGCCUCGCUCAAUGAGGAAGGCGUGUUCAACCGUGUCCUUCGAACCGGCGGAAAUGCCUACCAUUCACAUCACAUGGUGGCACUGGGCGGGCAAUACAACGACAUGCUGUCAAAGGGACUUGAGCACAUCGACAAUAUCGGACUGGUUGACAAGGCCCAGAGAUACCCUCUCAUCCGCUGGGUGUCGUCGGUGACCCCUGAUGAGGCCAUGGCUUUUGAGGUUGGUGCUUCGUACUGGAGAGCAAACCUUGAAUCACCCGUCCGCUUCUCCGAGGCUGUCAGCGGGAUGAUGAGCUUGGAGGGUGACCAAGCCGUUGAUAUCUUGGUGGAGCUCGGCCCGCACCCGGCACUGAAGAGCCCGGUGGACCAGAUAUUGAAGAGUAUCGGCAAGUCUGCACCACAUGUCGCAUCACUGAAGAGAGGAGAAGACAGCCGGGAGUCUGUGCUCCAGCUCGCCGGCACCCUGUUUAGCCUGAAUGCCGAAGUCGACUUGGUUGCAGUAAACGCAGUCGAUGACGGCUUGCACGAGGGCCGGUGGAGUCUCGCGCACGGCUGUACGGCAGUCGAUCUCCCCCCUUACCAGUACACAUAUGGACCGGUCAAUUACUAUGAGAGCCGGCUUAGCAAGGAAUAUCGACUUCGACAAGUCCUUAGGCACGACCUCAUAGGCGCCCGGCUGCCCGGCGCCAGUAAGCUACGGCCUCAAUGGCGGAAUAUUCUUCGACUUAAGGAUGUGCCCUGGUUGGGCGACCACCGCUUGAUUCCUGACGCCGUCUUCCCUGCGGCGGGCUUCAUUGCUAUGGGAAUAGAGGCCGCCACGCAGGUGUACCACGAGCUCCCCAAGGCGUAUGAGAUCACGGGGUACUCGCUCCGCAAGGUUGACAUCGAGACCGCCCUGCGGCUUCCCGAAGAUGAUCGUGGUGUUGAUAUCAUCCUCAGCUUGGAACUGGCAGACACGGACGCAACGGUCAAAUCGCCUGGCUGGUCCCGUUUCACCGUCAGUUCGGUAUCCAGGGAUUCCGAUGAGUGGACGGAGCACUGCACAGGUCUCGUCAAAGUCGAGAUCUCGGAGAAGCCUGCGGUGGCCAGCAAGAUGGGCUCUUUAAUGGACCCCCGAUUCCCCGGCACACGUGCGUGGUACAACAAGUUCACCGAGAUUGGCAUCGGCUAUGGUCCAACUUUCCAGCCUCUCUCCGAUAUCCGGGCAGACCCCAACCAGAAUUUAGCCCAAGCAACCGUGGCGCUGAACACAACGGACAACACGAUCGAAGGAGGAGAGUCAAGCUAUUCGCUCCAUCCGGCGGCCCUCGACGGCACCUUCCAGCUAGGUCUCAUUGCCUGCUACGGUGGCCAAUUGGAACGUGCAUACACUGCCUUCGUGCCUGUCCACCUUUCAAGCAUGUAUCUGAAAGCAGGACUCAGCCCGCAUACACCCGCAACAGCCAUAGCCCACGGUCAGACCCAAGGCCUGCGCGGUGCCUACAUCAAGCUGCAAAUGACUGACGAAAGCGGCAACGUUGUCCUGGACGUCGACACGCUGCGCUGUCUUAGUUUCAAGGAGUCCAAGUCGGACGAGUACACCAUGCAGUCCAAGAAGGCCCUGAGCAGCCCUUUCACCAGGCUCACCUGGAAGCCCGACAUCCGUACUCUUAACAACGACCAGAUCCGGGCACUGUUCCCCCCCCCACAGGAAAAUAACCAAGGUGCCGCAAGCCUCGAGGUGGUCGACAUGAUCUGCUGCCUGGUCGUGGCGGACAUCUACGAGGUAUUCAUCAAAAGCGCAACCAGCGUACCCCAGCCCAAAGGUGAACUCCGCCACUGGGUCUCUUGGCUGAAGUGGUGCGUCGAGGAAGACAAUCGGGAGAAUAUGGUCGAAGCCAAGAGUCUUCCUGCCGACCAGCGUCACCAGCUGCUUAAGAAGCUGUACGUUGAGGCCGGUGAUCGGCCCGAGGCACAGGCGGCUCGGAGACUGCACGAGAACAUGGGUGAAAUCCUCGCGGAGCGCAAGACAGGUAUUGACGUCCUCGUGCCGGAUGGACUCCUCACGGCGCUGUACGAGACAGGCCAUGUCAUUGUGGGCUCAUACCCGCAGCUACGUAAUGUCCUCGACUGCCUCGGCCAUGCCAAUCCCAAUAUGCGUAUUUUAGAGGUCGGCGCAGGCACUGGCGCAGGCACACGAGUAGCUAUGGGGGCGCUGACAAGGUCGAACGGCAUUAAGCGGUACGCUGAUUACACGUUUACUGAUAUCUCGGCUGGUUUCUUGACGGCCGCUCAGGAGUUCAUGUCAGGCUAUCGUGAUGUGAACUACGCUGUUUUGGAUAUCGGGGAGGAUCCGCUCGCCAAUGGGUUUGAGCCGGUCUACGAUGUGGUCUUUGCAUGUGAGGCUAUCCACGCCACGGCCAGUAUGGAUGUAACUCUCGAAAACUGCCGGAGGUUGUUGAAGCCGGGAGGCAGGUUAGUGCUGGUGGAGAGCACGCGUAUGAGAGUGCUGCUGGGGCUGCUGUACGGUACUCUCACGGGUUAUUGGCUGGGGGUUGGUGACGGUCGUACUGAGGGACCUUUCAUGGACCUGGAGACCUGGGACAGGCGAUUGAGGAAGGCCGGCUUCUCGGGCACGGAGCUGGCCCUUGAUGACUACAACCGCCCCCAUAACACGACCUCCAUCCUCGUUUCCACCCGUGUCGAAGAGUCUUACGUGGUCACCAACAAAGACACAGAGGCAAAGGAAGGUCCGGCCGUCGUGAUCCAUCUUUUGCACGGAGCCAAUGGCCCGUCGCCGCUCUUGGAGCAAGUCUCCAGUGAGUUUGAGCGUUGUGGCGUCAAAGCUGUGGCGUCUUCGAUCAAUGAAGCGUCCGAAACAGUACAGCCCAACGCCCGCACCGUGGUAUUCCUCAACGACGAGAAUGACCUCUUUGACACUGAAAACGCCAGCCUUCUCAACUCGUUCCAGCAUCUUGCCCGAAACACCAAGAGCAUGGUCUGGUUGACGUCGAGUGGAAUUGCCAAAGGUCGGGACCCUCGGGCCGCCUUCAUGAUUGGCCUUCUCCGAACCAUCGCGACUGAGAACCCGGCCGGCCGUUUCCUCUCCAUUGACAUUGAUGCGGAGACUUUCGGAGAACAGGAUGAUACUCUCAUUCGCAACAUCGUCAAAUCCGAGCUAGCCCUGCAGAAUGAGGAUGCCUCUGAUGAAGAAGGCAGCAAGGACCGAGAGUUUGUCUGGCAGGACGGCUGUAUGUGGGUGAGCCGGGUGGUCCCUGACACAGAGCUCGGCGUGUAUAUCGACCUAAGCAAAACACCUACGAGCAGAGGCUCUCAGAUGGUUCCCAUUGGCAGUCAGGGUCCUGUUCGUGCGGCAUUCGAGACCCCCGGCAUCCUUACUUCGCUAUACUUCCGAGCCUAUACAGAGCUCUUGCAACCCAUCCCAGCGGACUACGUUGACGUUCAAGUGGCAGCUGUGGGUGUGAACUGGAAGGAUUUGGGCCUCACGUCAGGUCGAUUUGACGCAACUGGCAGCAACCUGUCGUCAGAAUACGCCGGCGUUGUGACCAAGAUCGGUGCCGCAGUGGAUGGUCUGUCUGUUGGGGAUCGUGUCUAUGGUGUCGGCAGAGGCCAGUUUGGAAACUACACGAGAGUUCCUGCCGCAUUUGCACAAAAGCUCGAGCCAGGAGACAUUCUCACCGAGAUGGCUACGAUGCCACUGGUGUACAUGACAGCCAUCUAUGCCUUUGACUAUGUGGCACGGCUUAGAAAAGGCCAGAAGGUGUUGCUACAGUCUGCCACAGGCGGGCUGGGCUUGGCGGCUAUUCAGGUUGCGCGGGCUCGGGGUGCCGAUGUAUUCGCUACUGUUGGCAAUGCUGACAAGGUCUCCUUCCUUGUUGACACUGUGGGUAUCCCGGCAGAUCACAUCUUUUCCUCUCGGGACCCUACGGCGCUAUCUAAUGCUGCCAAAGCAACCGGCAGGGGCGGCUUUGAUGUUAUUCUCAGUACGGUUGUCGGAGGAGAUUUCCUGUGCGAAUCCCUUAAAGCGCUGGCUCCCAUGGGACAUCUUGUCGACGUUGGUCGGCUCGACGUACUUGAAGCCAAGGACAUUGGCUUGGAGCACUUCCAGAGGAACGCCACUCUGACCUCGUUCGAUCUUAAUGUCCUCCUGGACAAUGAUCCAGAGCUUGGACGCGAGUUGAUGCAGACAGUCAAUGACCUUUAUCGAUGGAACGUUAUUGCGCCGAUUCACCCCUUUGCCGUUCACGAUGUGUCGGAGCUCGACCGAGUCUUGGUGGGCCUGUCCAGGGGCACGCACAUUGGAAAACUGGUGGUGUCAUUCGAGAAUCCAGCCUCUCUGAUCAAGCUUGUCCAAGAGCCGCCAGCAGCGAAGUUCGACUCUGAGGCACGCUAUGUUGUCACAGGAGGUCUGGGCGGGCUUGGCCGAGCCAUUAUCAAGUGGAUGGUCAGUCGUGGCGCUCGUGACUUUGUGGUACUUUCUAGGCGUGGUAUCAACACCCCUGCUGCAAAAUUACUGGUAAAGGAUCUUGAGUCGCAAGGCGUUCGUGUCGAGGCAGCGGUCUGUGAUGUGAGCAAGCGAGAGAAUGUCGUGAAAGCGGUCCACAACGCUGCAUCGGGCGACCGGGCUGUCAAAGGAGUGAUCCAUGCAGCCAUGUCAUUGACAGAUCUCUCGUUCGACAAGCUGACCAUUGAUCAAUGGCGAGAUGGGUUUGCUGCAAAGGCUUUGGGUACCCUCAACCUGCACGAAGCCACUCUUUCGUUACCUUUGGACUUUUUCGUCAUGAUCACGUCGACCGAGUCCAUCUGGGCACCACCAACUCAAGCGGCAUAUAUCGCUGCAAACAGCUUUCAGGACUAUUUUGCCCGCUACCGUCGACGGCUCGGCCUUCCCGCGUCCACAGUAUCGUAUGGGUUGGUGGCUGAUGUCAAGUCGGACUUCCUUCACAACUCAGUUGGCACAGAUGACAUGUACGUACGUAACAAGACCAUGACAAUCACAGAGCAUCAGGUCCUCGCCCAGCUGGAGCCGGCCUUCUUGCCUGUGGAGACAACUUGCUGGGUUGGGCAGGAUCAGGACCCGUUGUCAGAGGCCAAUAUCUUGACAUGUCUCGAUCCGGUCGGGUUGGCUGAAUUGGCGUCGAUGAACGAUCUUAUCCCACGCUGGUAUCGCGACGGGCGCGUGUCGGUUAUCAUGCAGGCAAUGAAGGACGCGCAACGACAAGCGAGCGGGGCAGAUGCGGCUCAGGAUGGCGCUGGCGGAGCAGGCAAGUCGGCUGUGGCCCGACUGCGGUCGUCAUUCUCGGAGGGAAUCAAGGGAGGAGCUGGCGCCCGGGCCAUUACGGUCGCGCUCGUGACCGAAGGCGUGAUACAGACUGUUGCUGGGAUGUUGUUUAUUGAUGCGUCAACAGUGGACCCUGCCAAGAGUAUUGCCGAGCAUGGCGUUGACAGCCUCAUUGCGGCUGAACUGCGGAGCUGGUUCCACCAGGCGUUGAAGACGAACCUCAAGAUGGGGGAACUGCUGGACGCACAGACGAGUAUCAAGACACUGGCUGAGAAUAUUGUAGAUGCGGCGUUGAAGGAGUAG